AUCGCUCGGUUGAGUUGUGUUUCUCUCGGAGCUUUUGUCGCUCUCUUCACUCGCACAUUUCCACUCAGCCUUCGGAGAAACUCCAGUGGAUUUGCGUUCUUGUUAGAAAAGCGCUGUUGGUUUUUUUCUGUACUUGUGCUUUUCUUGAAGAUAUAAAGCCCUUGAAAUAAAACCAUUUGACCAUUUUCAGUAGUGUUUUAUGGACGGCGACAUGAAGAAACGCGGAUUAAAGCAUCCAAAGUGGCUGCAGGACUGAAUCGUGCCUCCUGCUCUUACUUCACCACACAGCAGCACAUUUGGAAGCUCAGCGGCGAUGGCCAAGUGGCUCAAGGACUACCUGAGCUUUGGCAGGAAGGUGCCUCCACAGCCCCCCACACCUGACUACACAGAGAGUGAGAUUCUCAAGGCAUAUAGGCUCCAAAGGGACCUCGAUUUCGAAGAUCCGUAUGAGGAGUCAGAGAGUAAGACCAAAGGGGAUUCUGGGACUUCUGAACCUGCCACGCCAGUGUAUGGAUCUCCCAUGAAGUCCUCCAGUUUGGACAUGAAGUCUCCUAAACACAGACUGAUCAAAGUGGACUCCCAGGAGCUGGGGCGCACCAAGAUCCUCCUCAGCGCCAUCACUUUGGAAGACCAUCAGGAACCUGUGGUGCCAUCAGCUCCAUUAGCAGGGGACACAGAUUAUUCUGACCCAUUUGACGCUCGAUUGGAGCACCGACCAGAGCUGGAUCAUGGACCUGUUCCCUGUGAGAAUAAUGGCUACAUGGAACCAUAUGAGGCCCAAAGGGUUAUAACAGAGCUGCAACGCGGGUCAGGCGGAGGACGGACGAGGGGAGGAGUUCAGCUCUAUGACACUCCCUAUGAAGAUGAGCGAGGACGUCGUCUUGGUUAUUUAUAUGGAGAGCUUCCGGAGGAUGGCAAGGAGAGCAGCCGGCUACCACAAGAUGAUGAGAGACCAGCUGAUGAGUAUGACCAACCCUGGGAAUGGAAAAAAGACCACAUUUCCAAAGCUUUUGCAGAAAUGAGGGAGCUGUCGGAGCUGCCCUGGCCUGCCCCAGUGGGUCAGCUGGAGGAGGAGCCCCCCGUCAGAGAGCAAGUUCAAUUUGAAGGCACGGAGUGGGAUCGCUCGUCGUCCCCCACGGAGCGGCUGCGUCCUCCCGGGCCCCGGUCCAGUCCACUGGCCGGGGGGGGGGUGAAGUUCCGGAUGCCGCACGAAGGCCCGGCGAUGGUGGGGGAGAGAGUGGACCCGACUCUGCCUCUGGAGAAGCAGGUAUGGUACCACGGCUCGCUAUCGCGUUCGGAGGCGGAGGCGUUGCUGACACUGUGUAAGGAGUGCAGCUACCUGGUGAGGAGCAGCCAGACCAACCGCGUUGAUUACUCCCUGUCCCUACGGAGCUGCCAGGGUUUUAUGCACAUGAAGUUCACUCGGUGUAAAGAUGGUAAGUAUGUGCUGGGACAGAACAGCCCACCCUUUGAUACCAUCCCAGAGGUCAUCCACUUUUACACCACGCACAAACUCCCCAUCCGAGGUGCCGAACACCUGUCCCUGCUGUUCCCCGUGCUGGUGCAGACGCUCUGACGGACCUGGAACCUCCUCCUGGACCUCAAGGAGUUUAUUGUGAUGAGACACUGCUAAACAUGAAUGUUAAACCAGCUAAUCUCAGAGCCGAGUCACAGUGCUCGCUCAGAUGUUUGACUGGAUUACUUUUAAUGAUUCAACGGCCGAGGGCUCGUGCCCUCCGCCACCACUGCUGUCGUACCUGUGCCAAGUCUCCACCUCCUUGGGGAUCGAUUCUCAUGAAAUGCAAUACAUACAUUAGGUACUUCUAGUGUGACUCCUAUCUCUCGUUUGCUGUACUUAACCGAGAAGGUUGACUCCAGGACAUCGAAAACGUUCCACUUCAUUGCAUUUCUCCGUGAUGGAAAUGCAAGGGAUGUUAGCAGAGCUGUUGCUAGGAGAAAGUCUGUAGAUGCUGAAUGUAUCAUGCUCCACUUUCGUCCACAGACGACGAGCAGAAGACUGAGAUUAAAUUAUUGCUGUUCCACUGAAAUACCUUGACACCAGUAAAAAAGAAAAAGGAAAAAAAAAGGAUUUUGCUGUUGUAUGAAAACCUGGAGAAUCACAUUGUGCUUUUUUUCAUACUCACAAUGAAAUCAGUGGAUUCAAUUGUAAUAAGUAACAUGAGAAACAUUUCCAUCCUCAAGCCUGAAACACUUUUGUAGAAAUUAGAGGUCUUUACAAACAGCAAUAAUACUUCACCAGAUGUCUUUUUAAACACGGAAACAUACAGCUCCAUCUCUGUAUCAUUUGUUGACUGUUGGUCACAUCCAAAAGAGAAGUUGUGUUGUAUUGGUGCUUGUGUUGACUUAACUGACUUUUAUCUGUUUGCUUGCCUGUGUUGCAUUUGGGUUUGAUAAAAACAACCUGUUCUUGCUGUCUUUGUCUCAUAACUGACUGGAAGAAGGAAGAAUAUUUGAAGCAAAGAGAGGAGAGAUACGCACUCUCUAUCUCCGUCUUCCACACACGCACAGACUUUCAAACUUUAUUAUUGCUGGCCUUGUUUUCACACUUCCUUCUGAUUUUCAGGCAGCCAAUUUGCAUGCUAAUUGGUGGUAUUUGAGUUCAAUGCUUGCCAUCUGGAAUGGGUUCAAAUGUAUGCUGCCUGGUUGCAGAAUUUUUAAGUGAAAACACAUUUAUGUCUUUCAUUGGAAAUGACAAAUAUAUCCUUUUCAAA